AGCCGCCAUUGCUGCCGCCGCCGCUGCACUCCGCGCUCGGGUCUUAAAGGGGCCGCUGCACCCACAAGCUCCGUCCACGACCGGGUGGGCCCCACCGCUCCGGCACCGGCACCGUCACCUUCACCGCCACCAUGAGGGAGAUCGUCCACAUCCAAGCGGGACAAUGCGGCAACCAGAUCGGGGCCAAGUUUUGGGAGGUGAUCAGUGAUGAACACGGCAUCGACCCCACCGGCACCUACCAUGGAGACAGUGACCUCCAGCUCGACCGCAUCAGUGUCUACUACAAUGAGGCCACCGGAGGGAAGUACGUGCCAAGAGCCAUCCUGGUGGACCUGGAGCCUGGGACCAUGGACUCUGUGCGCUCAGGACCCUUUGGGCAGAUCUUUAGGCCGGAUAACUUUGUUUUUGGUCAGAGCGGUGCUGGCAACAACUGGGCCAAGGGUCACUACACAGAAGGUGCUGAGCUGGUGGAUUCGGUGCUGGACGUGGUGCGGAAGGAAGCCGAGAGCUGUGACUGCCUGCAGGGCUUCCAGCUGACCCACUCCUUGGGGGGGGGCACCGGCUCCGGCAUGGGCACCCUGCUCAUCUCCAAGAUCCGGGAGGAGUAUCCCGACCGCAUCAUGAACACCUUCAGCGUGGUGCCGUCCCCCAAGGUGUCGGACACGGUGGUGGAGCCCUACAACGCCACGCUGUCCGUGCACCAGCUGGUGGAGAACACGGAUGAGACCUAUUGCAUCGACAACGAGGCUCUCUAUGACAUCUGCUUCCGCACCCUCAAACUCACCACCCCAACCUAUGGCGACCUCAACCACCUGGUGUCAGCCACCAUGAGCGGGGUCACCACGUGCCUGCGGUUCCCAGGUCAGCUCAACGCUGACCUCCGUAAGCUGGCGGUGAACAUGGUGCCGUUCCCGCGGCUGCACUUCUUCAUGCCGGGCUUUGCGCCGCUGACGUCUCGCGGUAGCCAACAGUACCGCGCGCUGACGGUACCGGAGCUGACCCAGCAGGUGUUUGACGCCAAGAACAUGAUGGCCGCGUGCGACCCGCGCCACGGCCGGUACCUCACCGUAGCCGCCGUGUUCCGCGGCCGCAUGUCCAUGAAGGAGGUGGACGAGCAGAUGCUGAACGUGCAGAACAAGAACAGCUCCUACUUCGUGGAGUGGAUCCCCAACAACGUGAAGACGGCUGUUUGCGACAUCCCCCCCCGCGGGUUGAAGAUGGCCGUCACCUUCAUCGGCAACAGCACCGCCAUCCAGGAGCUGUUCAAGCGCAUCUCGGAGCAGUUCACCGCCAUGUUCCGGCGCAAAGCCUUCCUCCACUGGUACACGGGGGAGGGGAUGGAUGAGAUGGAGUUCACCGAGGCCGAGAGCAACAUGAACGACCUGGUGUCCGAGUACCAGCAGUACCAGGAUGCUACAGCCGAGGAAGAGGAGGACUUCGGGGAAGAGGCCGAAGAAGAAGCUUGAAGGGAUGGGGGUGGCCGUGGAUGGAACCAACCCCCCCCCCCCUCCCCCAUAGCAGUGUCCUUGGAGAGCCUUCAUCAUCCUCUCGUCCUCCAGCGGCGUCUUCAGAGCCCCCCCCCGGCCUUGGUGGCAUCCGUGUCCUGACCCCCCCCCUUGCAUCCUGCUCCUUGGGAUGGUCCUGGCCUUCAUCCUGCUCCUCCUCCUCAGCUGGGGUCCAGCAGGGAAAGGUCAUUGCAAUGGAGAGGCUUUGUCCAUUGUGGGCAAUGGAGAGUCCUUGUUUGUCAUCACCGUGGUCAAUGAGAGCCUUCGUCUUUCAUCGUGGGCAAUGAAGAGCCCUGGACCAUCAUCAUCCUCACCAGAGAUACACCCAACUCUUCAUCAUGGUCACCAAAGAGCCUUCAUCAUCGUCAAGGAAGAGCCUUUGUUCAUUGUGGUCAGUAAAGAGCCUUCAUCCUUCAUCAUGGUCAAUGGAAGAGCUCUUGUCCAUCACUAUGGUCAAUGAAGAGCGUUCAACCAUCAUCAUCCUCACCAGAGAUCCCCACCUCUUAUCAUGGUCACCAAAGAGCCUUCAUCAUCGUCAAGGAAGAGCCUUUGUCCAUUAUGGUCAAUGGAAGAGCCUUCAUCCAUUAUGGUCAAUGGAAGAGCCUUCAUCCUUCACUAUGGUCAACGCAGAGCCCUCAUCCACCAUCAUCAUCAUCACCACAGUCCCAGCACCCUUAUGGGCAUCACCAGAGGCCACCACGUCCCCACUGCCGGGGGGUGACACCACUAAAUUAUUGCCACCCCCCCCCC